GUCACGUGCCCCAUCUACGUCAUUUCCGCUCCUCGGGCACUGGAAGAAGCUGCUGUUUUGGGGCCAAAUGAGCUGCGAGGCCGCCGGGGCUGGUCUAGUUUAGCUUUGAGGGGCUCGGAGCGGACUGAAGCCCGGCUGGAUUAAUGCGGACAGGGCGGCGCGACCUGCCAGCAGGGCCACGACAAGCGCAGGCGAGCCGAGUCGACAGUCCGGCUAACAGCCGCUGCUAGCAGGGCAGAGAAAAAAAGCCUCUCCGUAGCUCUCACACCGCUCGUCCUGUCGGGGCUCCAUUCCAACACAACCCCUGGUAGAUGAAUGAUGUCUGCCGCUAGCAUUGACCCUCAGACAUCGAAAGGACAAGAUGCAAGCAAAGCCUUUCCAGUUUCAGUGCAGAACGGCUCCCUCCACCAGAAGGACUCUGUGCAUGAUAAUGACUUUGAGCCGUAUCUCACUAGCCAGUCCAGUCAGAAUAACAGCUAUCAGUCCAUGACGGACCCMUACCUGUCCAGCUACUAUGCCCCCUCUAUUGGAUUUCCUUACCCUCUUAACGAGGCGCCCUGGUCCACCGGAGGCGACCCGCCCAUCCCCUACCUGGCUCCCUACGCCCCCCUCAGUAAUGGAGACCACCACUUCAUGCCYGAUACCGUGUUCGGGCAGCCCGGUGGGCUCAGCAGCAGCAUUUACCCGCACCGCUUCAAUUUUUUCCCUGAGAACCCGGCGUUCUCUGCCUGGGGCACCAGCGGCUCCCAGGGACAGCAGACUCAGAGCUCGGCCUAUGGGGGCAGCUACAGCUACCCUCCCAGCUCCCUAGGGGGCACUCUAGUCCCUGACGGCCAGACCGGUUUCCAUAGCGACACCCUGAGCAAAGCCCCGGGCAUGAACAGCCUGGAGCAGGGUAUGCUGGGCCUAAAAAUAGGUGGCGAUGUGACAGGAAGUGGCUCGGGCGUGAAGAGCGCAGGCUCCGUUAUAGGCGGGGGUGUCGCCGCGGCUGUCGCCACGGGCAACGGCGGCACACCAGUUGGGAUGCCGCCUCAAAAGCCAACGUCAUGGGCGGCGAUCGCCAGCAAACCGGCCAAGCAGCAGCAGCAGAAGGUGAAGAACAAGCCUGGGAUGCCGCUGGCCGGCGGAGUGCUGCCGCCGCCGCCCAUCAAGCAYAGCAUGGACAUCGACACGUGGGAUAAUAAAGGCACCGCCGCUAAGAUGGCGCCACCGCUACACCACCAGCACCACCCUUCCCACCUGCACUCCCACACCGCCAGCCUCAUCCCACCGCUGCAGCAGUCCCUGCAGUCCGUCCAGUCCCUCGUUCAGCAGAUGACCAUGCCAGGACCGCCGCAGUCCUACCAGAACCACAACUCUGCCCCCACGCCCCAAACCAGAUGGGUGGCGCCWCGCAACCGCAACCUCUGCUACAGCGGYGGAAGCCUGGACAGCAGCGGCUCGUCCAACGGUGGUGGCGGUGUAGGAAACGGAGGCAUGGCCGGGUUCGUUCCCGCCGAUCCUGGAUUGGAGUCCCACCCGGUUCUGGAGAAGCUGCGAGCGGCCCACAGCUACAACCCCAAGGACUUCGACUGGAACUUGAAAAACGGCCGCGUGUUCAUCAUCAAGAGCUACUCCGAGGACGACAUCCACCGCUCCAUUAAGUACUCCAUCUGGUGCAGCACGGAGCACGGMAACAAGCGGCUGGACGCCGCCUACCGGGCCAUGACCGCCAAAGGCCCCGUCUACUUGUUGUUCAGCGUCAAUGGCAGCGGCCACUUCUGCGGCGUGGCGGAGAUGCGCUCCCCUGUGGACUACGGCACCAGCGCCGGAGUCUGGGCGCAGGACAAGUGGAAGGGCAAGUUCGACGUGAACUGGCUGUUUGUUAAGGACGUGCCCAACAGCCAGCUGCGCCACAUCCGCCUGGAGAACAACGACAACAAGCCGGUCACCAACUCACGGGACACCCAGGAGGUUCCUCUGGAGAAGGCCAAGCAGGUGCUGAAGAUCAUCGCCCAGUACAAACACACCACCUCCAUCUUUGAUGACUUCUCCCACUACGAGAAGAAGCAGGAGGAGGAGGACGUCGUGAAAAAGGUAACUAUCUGAUCCAGACCAAGCUGUAUACGCAGUUCUCAUGUGACGUGUCACACCAUGAACUCUGUGAUUGACGGCCAUCUUGACAGUUGCUAUGACAAUAAUAAGCCACAAGAUUAGAAGUAGCUCAUCUCAUUCCUAUCUAACUUAUAAACAUCAUAAGUACAUUACUACUGUUACUCGAUUACCGUUUUUGAAAACUCUAUCUUUGUGUAAUACUAAGAUAGAGAUAUUUACUGUUGUACUUACUGCUGAACUAGCAAAAUKAACUUAGCUAAYGUAGCUUUUGAUGGAGCUAAGUUGGACAUGUAGCCUAUGUGUAUGUUACUWCAUGUGCUUACUCUGCCAGUCAUCAGAACCUUGUAAUUCACAUGAAGAGUUUGUAAACAUUAAACAUUAAUUUUAUGCGCCUAUAGAUUGCAGGCGACGCUUCUCCUUGGUGUAAACACUCUUUGCUUUCACUACGUAGUUAACCACGUCUUAUGAGACUGGAGGCAACUUGUCCACAUUGUCUGACAUAUUUUCCAUCCUCUGUCUCUUACGGGUUGAUCCCGACAGCAGCCAUUUUGUUCAUGUGUCUUUCUCUAACACAUUGGUCAAGAAUGUCCACAUAUUUUCAUUUUGUUGGUCUCAAAGCCCCAGGUCUGCUGUGCCUACUGCACACAGUAAGAUCACUUCUGGUUCAGAUUUGUGGGAACUAUGUAUAGAUACAUGGCAUUUUAUUGUUUAGAUUAACGCUGGAGGUAAAAAAAGAUUUUUUUUUCUUGAYAUGUAAAAAAAAGAAUUWUUWUUUUUUUUUUUUUACAUGUCGAUAGCCACGCUUCUGCAGUGGAAUAAUGCCAUUAACAAGAGUUCGCCAUAGCAAAGUGAAAAUAAUGCAAAAAACUGUUGCAGAAUAACUCAAAACCACUCUAUACUUUUUUUCCUCUCUCUCUGCUGCUACACACAGACUCGUUGCCAUAGCAACUGACUGACAGCUCCACUAGUAUGUCAGAUUUCCACACCAAGAAACUGGACACUUUCAGUUAUACUAUUAUGUUUUCAGAUUUGUUCAAUUUGUGAUUAGUUAUAGGUGAACGUCUGAACACAACGGUUGUUGAUUAGCUCAUUUAAACACCUGCUCUUCUGAUCUGUCAGACCUGGUGUGUAGGUCGCCUUUUCUUGUAUUUUUGUGACUGAAGCAAAACACACAGAAUUCUGAAGAACAUCUACAUGCUAAGGUUGUCAAAGUCAAGCUAGCAUAAUUGAUCUGCUUCUUUCCCUUGUUUUUUGUUUUUUAAUGAAACUUUUUCUGACCUGUAAAAUGUGAUGCCUAAUUGUUGUAGUGCUGACAAUUAGUAGGGAAGCACUGCAUCCUUUUUCCCCUUAUAUCUCACGCAUACAUUUAAGAUUUAGCAUGCCAUGUUGACAACUUGGCAGCUAAAACCAAUGGUAGUGAUCGUCGCCGAGGGAUCUUGUGGACGUCAUGUUGUAACAUGUYUAUAGAAUGAAAAAUUUAUUGUUUGGAAUAUUUAUUUUAAACAUACAUUUUUGCCUACACAUUAUUAUCACGGUGCAAUUAUGGCUCAAACAAUUAGUAGAAUUAAUUGUGAUGAAUGGAUUGUUGAAAUAAUCAAAUAAUCAUUUUCCUACUAAGAAAUGUAUUUGUUCUCUGGAAAAAGUUUGAUUUAAUAUGGGAAAAAUUGUGAAAUAAUUUAUUAUGUCCUCACUUAUUCCAUCAUAAGACAUGAAAGUUUAACAGGUCAAAUAAAAAUGAUACAAAAGGUAAAAUGAACAUUUUUUUAUAUAGGUGGKUUUUUUUCUUAGUUUAAAAUUUGAAUCAUUUUGUCCACAUUUUCUCACUGCUUUUAUGUCCUUGUUUUUACCAGAGCUAYGAGCCUGUCUCGAUACCGAGUCGAUCCAGAGUUGAUCAGGAUCGUCAGAAGUGAACUGUAGAAGCUAACCCCUGAAAAGACCGACACUUACAUUUGGGUGGACACAAUGAAAUCAGAAUGAAAACACAGACGUUACAGAAAAGAAGAGAAAAAUAUAAUUGUUUUCUAUUUAUUAACAACUUUGGCCCGUGUCAAACCUUUGAGCCACUUUGCUCUGGGUUACUUUGUAACGCGUGCAGGGAUGAAACAAAAUUUCACCAUGUAAAGUUAUUUUAAUAACAUCAGUUAACUUUUUUUAUCCUUGGAAGUUUACUCAGCUAAGUCAGAAAACAAAAUAUCUGCACGUCUGACCGACAACAUGCUGCUGAUAUUCAGUGACUGUUCACAUUGUGGUUUGUGUGUUGAAGAGAUGUUAAGUGCUCGUGUUGGUUAAUCUAAAUGAGUGGAGAACACUUUAAUGACAAAACGUCUGCUAUCUGUGUGUGUGGCCAGUUGUGUUUUAUAUCAUCAACAUCAGAAGAAGGAAUAAAUACCUUCUUGAUGCCCAUUUUCAUUGUAGGAAACUUUUACUUUAGUGUAAAACUGAAGGUUUCUGUUUGCAGAGAUAUUUAUGUGCAAGGCUGUGGAAAAUUAAACCAUAAAUCUUUACAAAUGGCUAUAAAAGAAUGAUCUGGAGUAAGGCUUAGCAUAAUCGUUUUGUUUAAUUUUAUUUUCAGCAUAGCAAGAGGGGAAAAUGUUCAUUUUUAGGGAAAGGAUUUUCUUUUAGAUUAACCGUUCUCUUACAAUCCAAUUUACAAAUUCUGUGAAAUUAAURCUGCUUAUUUUGGCCAGGUGUGGUUUUCUUUCUCUUAACACCACUUUAAUCUUGGCAUUAUAAGUUUCCACUCCAUUCUCAGAAGCUUUAAUGUACCAGAACAGAAACCGCCUCAAAAUGUUAAGCUGUAGCAUCAUUAUUAUUAUUAUUAUUAUUAUUAUUGACCAAUUAAUUGUCAAGUAUAUGGAAACCAAGAGACUAGCCUGUGUGGUAAAUGUUUGUGAAUUUUUUGUUUGUUUUAUUUCUUUUUUCUUUUUUUUAAACUGCUUGCUGUAUUGUGCGUGUAUGCAAGAGUGGCAGAAAGCAGGGGAAAUCAGAGUUAUACUGUAUAAUGGUAUUGGAAUAUAGAAAAUUUAUGCAAAAUUUUACGUSACCCUUGUAUUAAAUAUCUAUUGUAUCAGAGGUCACUAUCACAUUCUUAGAUUUGAUCAUGUUCGUUAUUAAAGAUAUACUUAUAUGUUG